AUGUGGGGAGCUGACAUUGGUACACUCAAUAUCUAUGCCAAGACCGGGACCACGCUGGGCCAGGUCCUAUGGACCCAAAGUGGGGCUCUGUCCAGGAACUGGUUUCAGGCCCAGAUUGAUUUCAUUCCUACUGCCGAUUUUAAGUUCGUAUUUGAGGGCGUUACUGGUGCGGAUUACGAAAGUGACAUCGCUCUCGAUGACAUCUAUAUUACAACAGGAGCAUGCGGAGGUUCAAUCUGCGGUUGUGACUUUGACUUAGACCUGUGCACCUUUACCCAAGCUACUACCGAUGAUAUUGAUUGGACGAGGCUGGCAGGUAACACGCCAUCUACGAAUACCGGCCCGGAAAAUGAUCAUACAAUUGGCACAGCGGCUGGAUUCUACAUCUACACAGAAGCAUCGAACUUGUUCAACAAAGUUGCCGUACUGGAGUCGGAACUCAUUCUUGCGUCGUCCGGGCGAUUGUGCGCCGAUUUUUGGUACCACAUGUGGGGAGCUGACAUUGGAACACUCAAUAUCUAUGUCAAGACCGGGACCACGCUGGGCCAGGUCCUAUGGACCCAAAGUGGGGCUCUGUCCAGGAACUGGUUUCAGGCC